UUUUCUUGCCUGAGAAAGCAAAGGUUUUUUUUCCCUAGUCUCUCUUCUUUCUCUCUUUCAUUCCAUUCGAAACCCUAGCUAGAGGCCGUUGUGAAUGGUGGAAAUCUCAGGGCCUGAGACUUUGAUGCGCCCGCUUUCUCAACCGACGGCGGCGAGCGCUCUCCCUCUCCCUGUCGCCUUCUCCGCCUUCGCCUUCGCCUCCUGCAAGGAAGGCUGGUACUACCGCUGCAUCGGCGUCGACCCCUGAAUCACGACGUCGUUUUCUCCGACCCAUCGCCGACCCUCCAAUCUUUCUCUCUCCUUUUCCCCUUUCUCUCUCUACUUCUGUUGGUUUCUGGUUUUGUGAUAUUUCGUCGGCGAUUUGGGCCUUUUCUUUUGUUGAAUUGGUGAGUUUUUGAAUUUAGAUUUGUGUGGAAAUCGCAUCACGAAUUGCGAUGUUGCUUUACAAGCAGAAGAAGAGCCAGAACGCCAAGGGCAACAGGAUCUUGAUCAGCGUGACGGUGCUCGGGAGCGCCGGUCCGAUCCGGUUUGUCGUCAACGAGAAGGAGCUGGUCGCCACCGUCAUCGACACCGCCUUGAAGUGCUACGCCCGCGAGGGACGCCUUCCUCUUCUCAGCUCCGAUCUCAAUGAUUUCCUCCUCUACUGCCCCAAUUCCAGCAUCGAAGCUCUGAGUCCUCUUGAUACAAUUGGGUCGCAAGGAACUCGCAACUUUAUGCUGUGUAAGAAGCCACAGCCUCUGAAAAUCGAGGACGAUGUCAAGGAAAGCACUCGCAAGGCAAGUGGUAACUGGAAAUCAUGGCUCAACUUGAAGAUCACUUCCCAUUGAUUUGGUUAUUUCAUUUAUUUGCCGUUCUUCAAUGUGUUUUGAGAUUGCACUCUUUUCAAUUUCUGUUUUGGAAUAAACCAACAGACCUUUGUUGCCGAAUUAAAUUGCUUUUUUUUUUUCCUAGUUUCAAUUAUAUUUCUAUUGGGUUUGUUUGAA